AUGGCGACAGUCCACACCACGGUCCCCGACGGCCUCAUCCCCCUCCUAGAAUCCCACCUCCCCACCUCCCUCCCCCUCCUCCGCCGCCUCCAAUUCACCCGCUUCCCGAACGGCCAACGUCCCACGGCCCGCAUCAUCCUCGCCUCAGACCCCUCCUCCUCCGCGCCGCCGCGCGACUUCGCCGCGGCCUACCUCGACCUCGGCUCCGGCAUCGAGACCUCGCUCUUCAUGUACUCGACCCUCGAAGACACCCCCACCUCCCCCACCACCACCACCCCGGACCGCGCCGCCUGCGAAUCCCAAAUCCUCGCCGUCGUCGACGCCGCGAGGCAGAUCAGCAAGGAGCAGCCGGACCACAGAGCGUACCCGGGCGCCUGCCUGGUCGGGACGCUGGCCACGGUCGUGAGGGAGGUGAUGAUCGCGCGGGGGGUGAGGGUGAGGCCGCGGGCCGAGUAUGAGUACGAGAAGUGGUUGUUCCGGGUGGAGGAGAUUCCGGAUUUCGAGGUGGACCUGCCGGAGGGCGCGACGUGGGGGAGCGCGGGGGAGAGGGAUUGCGAGGUUGUGAUUUCGAGGACGCAUAUUCCGCGCCAGGUGAAGACGUUGAUGUCGUUUCCGAGUUUGGUUUUGAAGUUGGAGGAUGGGACGCCUAUUGCGUGGGCUUUCUUGGGGACCGAUGCCUCGUUGUCGAGUCUUCAUUGUGAGGAACCAUACCGCAAGAGGGGUUAUGCAAAGGCACUCGCUGCCAAGCUCUUCAAGAGGAGUUCUGCUGAGUACGGUCCGGACGGAUGGGGCUCGGCCGAUGUUGCUCCCGAUAAUCAGGGAAGUCGUGGGAUGUGCAAGAGCCUGGGAGGCAGACAUGCGUGGAACUGCUCGUGGAACAUCAUCGAGCUUGAAGAUUCAUAG